AUGUCUACCACGUGGUCACCACAUAAUAUAGCUCCAUUAUGUAUGGAGCGACAAGCAAAUUUAACACAAUGUUCCUCCGCUGGGUUUUUGUUUCUUUCGUUAGUUGUCAAGUUAUUUGGCAAUGCUACUUACAGUAUAAGUAAUCCAGAACAGAAUCCCUCAGAAUCUCAUUCGUCUUUUCAUGGUUAUAAUCCAUUUAUACAAUACCAAUCUACAUAUUCCCCUGAAGGGCAUGAAUCAUCUUCUUCUGGGGACCAGUUAUUUCAAUACUUUUCUGGGACAAGAGCGGCGAAAGAAACAUUUGGUCCAAGAUCACAUAGAAGGAAGAAGUCUAAUGAGUACGACUUUAUUAUUGUUGGAGCUGGGUCAGCUGGUUGUGUUUUAGCGAAUCGUCUAACCGAAAUAAAGCAAUGGAGGGUACUUUUACUAGAGGCAGGUUCUGAAGAACCAGAUGUUACAAUGGUGCCCUCAUUUCCAACACUUAAUAGAGACUCGUCUAUUGAUUGGGGAUAUAGGACACAACCAGAAAAGUUGACCUGUAGAGGGUUUAGUGGACAUCAAUGUGUAUGGCCAAGGGGUAAAACAAUGGGUGGUUGUAGCGCUACUAACUAUUUAAUAUACAUGAGAGGACAUAGACUUGAUUACGACACAUGGGCAGAGUUAGGAAACCCUGGUUGGGGUUAUGAUGAGUUACUGCCUUACUUUAAAAAAUCAGAGAACAAUCGUGCAAUUGAAGCUCUUGAUACAAUUCACCACGGAGUGGGCGGACCUAUGACUGUAGAAAGAUAUUCAUACUAUGAUGAUAACACUUUUAUGAUUGUCGAAGCUUUUAAUGAAACUGGGUUACCGAUUAUUGAUUUAACUGGAGAAAAUAAUAUCGGUACAAAUAUAGCAUUAUCAACUACUAGAGAUGGAAGACGAAUGUCCACAAAUAUAGCGUAUAUCAGACCUAUACGUCAUAUAAGACCAAACCUUAGUAUUGUAGUGGAUGCUUUUGUUAGUAAAUUAAUUAUUGAUCCAGUUACAAAAACUACUUUGGGUGUAACAUAUGUAAAAAAUGGUAUAACUCACAAUGUAUUUGCAAGAAAUGAAGUAAUAGUAAGUAGUGGAUCUAUUAAUUCUCCGAAACUCCUAAUGUUAUCUGGAAUUGGUCCUAGGGAGCACUUAGAGAGUCUAGAUAUACCUGUUGUGGUAAAUUUAGCCGUUGGAAGAAAUUUACAAGAUCAUGUAACGACAGAAGGUCUUACCUUAGCUUUGUCAAAUAAAACUUCAACUGUGGUAAGUACCCAAGAACUGCUUGAAGCGGUGAAGAGUUACUACAAACAAGAACCAAAAAAAAGCGGUCCAUUAUCAUCAACGACUGCCGUAAGCAGUGUUGGAUUUAUUAAAACUAAAUAUUCACGAGUAAAUGCACCUGAUAUACAAUAUCAUUUUACUACUAGAAAUGUUGAGGAUUUCUAUGCAAAUCCAAGUACUUACUUAGAAACUAAUAUUUUUCCAUCAGCAUUUUAUAAUGGCUUUGCCGUUAACCCUCUUUUAUUAACUCCUAAAAGUCGGGGAGUUAUUUUACUAAAUAAUACUGAUCCUGUAUUUGGCCAACCUUUGAUAUAUUCAGGAUUUUAUACUGUCAAGGAAGAUAUGGACGUGAUGGUUGAAGGAAUUCGUUACGUUGUUAGUUUAGAAGAAACUGAAGCUUUUCGGAUGAACGGUGCUCGCUUUGUUCGAAUUCCCGUCAAAAACUGCGAGGAUCAUAAGUGGGGAUCUUAUGAUUAUUUUGCUUGUAUACUCAUUCAGUAUACUUCAGUAAUAUAUCAUCCUUCUGGCACUUGUAAGAUGGGUCCGGUGUGGGAUAAACAGGCUGUUGUUGACCCAAGAUUAAGAGUCUAUGGAAUAAGCAGAUUAAGAGUAGUCGACGCUUCUAUAAUGCCAUUCAUAGUAAGAGGAAAUACAAAUAUACCGACAGUUACUAUAGCGGAGCGUGCAGCUGACAUGAUAAAAGAAGAUUAUUUCACGAGAAACUAUCAAAAUUAA